AUGGGAUUCACUUUAACUGACAGACACGGCUCGCUUCUCUGUUUAUUGCAGUUAGCGUCGUUGCUUCGAGCAGUGAGCUCUGCAGGGGCGUGUGAGACCGUGUUUAAGGGUUUCUCAGACUGCUUGCUCAGUCUCGGAGGAAACAUGUUGAACCAUCCUCAGGACCUGGAUGACCUUGAAAACCUGGAUACUGUCUGCUCAUACUGGAGCGAGUUCCUCUUGUGCACCUCUGCUGCAGUUGCAGGUUGCCAAGACGAAGCAGUAGAGCUGUGGGAAAAGCUGAAAGCGCCGUCUGGGAGUCUGAACUACAAGGGAAGUCUGUUUGAACUGUGCUCUAAAGAUAAUGGAGCAUCAGGACUUGGUUUUCCUCUGGAGCUUAUAGUUUGGGCCAUGACUCUUUCCAAACUGGUGAUGUGGGUCAUUUUUGAAUGAAAAAAAAAACAAACAACAAAAAACAUCCUGUUGCUAUGGAAACGAUAAUAUAUAAGAAUGAGUGUAUUGACAUAGACGUGUGAUUCGCUUUAAAACUGGAACCGCUGUCAGAGCCGCUGCUGAAA